AUGUUCAAGAAGACCCACCUUCGUUGCUGUGGCGGCAUUCGGCUCCUGAGCUCGUCGGCUACAGCCUCGCCACCCACUCGCGUGAGCUUCAGUACUCCAGGCCAAGGACUAUGGACAUCACGGUCCGGCCGGGGCUAUGCUACGGUAUCGGGUCUCCCAAAGCACGAGUACUCCUGGCCUUCCACCUCAUCCUUCACGCCCUAUGAAGUUCUCAACCUACACCGCAACGCUCCGUACUCGAAAACUCGGUACUAUGAUCUCGUGAAGAUCUACCAUCCAGACCGGCCCUGCGAUGAGCACCCCCUCUGUCGAAAUAUCACCCCUGAAAUUCGCCUACAGCGCUAUAGAAUCGUGGUUACUGCGCACGAGAUUCUCUCCGAUCCCACCAGGCGAGCCGCGUACGACCAAACAGGUGCUGGAUGGAGCCAUCAACCAAAACGCUAUAACACUGUAGCCGACGCAUCGGCAGAGUGGGGACCUUACGGGCCGACCAUCUAUGCAAACGCUACAUGGGAGGACUGGGAACGGUGGAAUAACCGCCACCAGGGGAAACAACAGCACGUUGUUGACCAACGUACCUUCGUCCGACUCGUCAUUCUUCUUGUCCUGUUUGGUGGUGCUGUCCAGGCUUCCUGGAUCAAACAACUGAAUUCCGGAUACGAGCAGCGUCUGCGCGAGGUAAGCGACGAUUCGAUGCGGUUCUUGACUGGCCGCCGACAGCAAACGAUCAGCCAGAUGCCGCACAAUGACUCCCGGGUGCAAAGCUUCCUGAUUCGUAGAGAUCCAAGCGGCUCGGGUCUCAAAGAGGAUGAGGAACCUGUCUACCAGAAGGAACUCCAUCCUCGCGGCGAAGUGUCUGACGUAGACCGAGCGCGAGAUGGCCUGGACAGUCCCUCGGAGACGGGGAUUGCUCGGACGCGGCAUGCGGAGAGAUCCGAGGACCACCAGCCAGCCUCAUGA